AUGCAUCUCGAAAACACCGACGAUAACACACCCGUUCCCUCUCCGAUCACGGUCACAGCCACGACGCAACUCCCGAAUUGCGAGACGAAUCUCCGAGUGCUGUAUUUCGCAUAUGGAUCGAAUCUCUCAUUCACGCAGAUGCGCAUGCGGUGCAGACACAACCCCGACCUGUCGUCGCGGCCAGUCGCCAUCGCGCGUCUGGAUCACUGGCGCUGGUUGAUUUGUCAAUACGGAUACGCGAACGUGGUCCCGCCAGCGGGGUUACGGGUGGGGAAGCAGAUCGACGAGGGGGAUGCGGUGCCGGUGUCCGGGGAGGAGGAUACGGUCUACGGAGUGCUGUAUGAGAUGGAUGAGGCGGACGAGACGCUGCUGGAUGGGUAUGAGAGUGUCGAUGAGGAGGCGCCUCCGUCGCGCCAGACGGACAAGAUCCCGCUGGCGGUGCGGCCGAGGGAACAGGCCAAUGGGAGCUAUAACAAGUGGUAUGUGUCGGCUACGGUGACCGAGUGGUUGGAUGAGGAACAGCGGAGACGUCGACAGGAUGAACCCGAGACUACGAUUUUGGUGUAUGUUGAUGAGGAACGAAUCCGGGUGGGCCCGCCGAGGGACGAGUAUAUUCCGCGGAUGCAUCGAGCUAUCUGCGAGGCGGAGACGUUGGGAUUCCCGAAGAAAUGGGUGGAUGAGGUGAUGGUGAAGUUCAUACCUUCGAAUUAG